AUGAAGCUACUUCAGACGGUGGCUUCAUUAUCUUUCACUUCGACAGCGCUCGCGCAGACAUUCUCUGCAUACACGGAUGACAACGGCAUAGCGUUCUGGCAAAAGACUUGGAGUACAGGAAUUGGAGAUGGCAACGCACAAUUCGGCAUGGCAUUACCUCCCGCGAACGCGACUGACUACACUGACGAGUACAUUGGACGUCUCGUCGCCACGAUCCCCGAGGGAGGAACCUGGAUGGGCCUCACGCACACAAGUGGCAUGACCAACUCGUUGAUUCUCUUAACCUGGAUCAACGGCGAAGAAGUCAUGUCUUCCUUCCGCUAUGCUUCCGGAUACGUCGAGCCAGACAUCUACACUGGAAACGCCUCUCUAGGCGUCAUCUCCUCUUUCGUGAACGAAACUCACUACGGACUGACGUACCGCUGCAAAGACUGUUGGAGAUGGGAGCAAGAUGGGGCAUCCAGUGCACAAGUCCCAAAGACAACGUCGGCAGCAUUACAGCUAAUGGGUUGGGCACAAGCGACGCAAGCUCCAAAAAACCCCGAGCAAGCUGACGCAGGAAUCGUUCAGCAUGCUUCCGCCAAUGUCUUCGCGGCAACAGUAGCCUCUGCUCGUAAUGCAGCGUACACGUCUUGGGUUUCUCUUGCGACUGCACCUGCUACAGCGACUUCCAAUGGCACUUCUCCAACCAGUACUGCUACUGGCACAUCUGGUGGAAAUUCCACAGCUUCCGCGACAGCGACAGCGACCUCGACUGCUGCCGUUUGCGGCAAUGACACUUCCAUCACCAGCCAGUCCUGGGACUACAUCGUCGUCGGCUCCGGAGCCGGUGGAAUCCCAGUCGCCGACAAGCUGUCGGAAUCUGGUGCAAGCGUUUUACUCAUCGAGAAAGGCCCGCCAUCUUCCGGUCGUUGGGGAGGCACAAUGCGUCCUAGAUGGCUCGAAGGCUCGAACUUGACACGAUUCGACGUACCAGGUUUGGACAACCAGAUCUGGGUCGACUCCGCCGGCAUCGCCUGUACAGACGUGGGUGUGAUGGCAGGAUGUGUUGUCGGUGGUGGUACGGCAGUCAAUGCCGGUUUGUGGUGGAAGGCGAACCCGAGUGAUUUCGAUGUCGACUUUCCCGAAGGAUGGAAGAGCAGUGAUAUGGAGGCAGCGAUCGAGAGGACUUUUGAAAGAGUGCCGUUUACUGAUUGUCCGUCGAUGGACGGCAUUAUCUAUCAGCCCGAAGGGUAUAAUGUCGUUGCUGGAGCUUUGGCUGCUUCUGGUUGGGACAAUGUGACUGCGGAUCUGGUGCCUGCGCAGAAGAACUUCACCUUCUCUCGGCCGAAUCAUAUGUUCAGUAAUGGCGAACGUGGUGGACCUAUGGCGACCUAUCUUGUCAGUGCCAGUGAGCGUGAGAACUUUAAGCUCAUCACCAAUACAUCUGUAUCUCGUGUGGUGCGUGAUGGCAGUACGGCAUCUGGAGUGGAAGUCGAAGCCUUCCUCGACGGCGGUCUUUGCGGCACGAUAAAGGCCAACAAUAUCGUUCUCAGCGCAGGCGCUUUUGGCACGCCUAAGAUCUUGUUUCGAUCUGGUAUCGGACCUCAAGAUCAACUCCAAAUCGUCCAGUCUGCAGAAAGUCAUAGCAUGAUCGACAGCACUCAGUGGAUCAACUUACCGGUCGGAGAGGGGCUCAAUGAUCACACAAGCACCGACAUCGUUAUUACACAUCCCAACGUCACGACCUACGACUUCUACGCCGCGUACGAUGAUCCCAUUCAAGACGAUGUCGACAAGUAUCUUGACAGCCGGAGUGGCAUCCUCGCACAGUCUGCCCCGAACCUCGUAGCUAAUUUCUGGCAGGAGUUCGAGGGCGCUGACGGCAUCACUCGACAAUUGCAAUACACUGCUCGUGUCGAAACGAGCCACGACGUUGUCAGCGAUUCGGCUGUUUCGAUCACGCAGUAUCUGGGUCGAGGUCAAACUGGGCGUGGAAAGGCCACGAUCAGUAAAGGUCUCAACAUGCUCGUGUCGGAAGUUCCAUACCUUCAAGACGAGAAUGAUGUCGCCGCUGUCAAGGCAGGAUUGCAGUCUUUGAUCUCCACACUUAGAGCAGAUCCAAGCAUCAGCAUCAAGUACCCAUCCUCGAACCAGACUCUAGAUGACUUCCUCGCCAACUACCCAGUCACCACAAGUGCUCGAACUGCAAACCACUGGAUGGGAACUUGCAGGAUCGGAAGGGACUCUGGUCUUGAGAAUGGAACUUCGGUGGUCGAUCUCGAUACCAAGGUUUAUGGAAUGGAUAAUCUGUUCGUGGUCGACGCUUCGAUCUUCCCUGGCAUGACUUCGACCAAUCCGAGCGCGUUGAUCGUAAAUGUGGCCGAACACGCAUCAGAGAAAAUUCUCGCGUUGAACGAGGGCUCGUCUAAGGGCAAUAGCACGACUACAGGGAAUUCCAGCUUUCCCACGGCGUCCGCCAAUAGUUCUUCACCGACCGGGUUUUCGUUGUCUGGCACAGCUGCUGCUACCGGAACUGCUGCUCCGAGUGCUGCUGCCGGUCUGGCAUCGAUCAAUCAGCAAUGUGGUGGACUGGGCUUCACAGGGCCAGAGGGAUGUGAAGCAGGUCUGGAGUGCCUGCUUCCUGCGUCGAUGGGCCAGCCCAUUGCGGGAUCUAGCACUCUCUUGAAUGCUCAGAUCGGUUUCUUGAAAACCCACUUGGCCCUCGUCCACAUUCCUCCCUCCGCCUUUCCCCUCUUUAUUCAGCCUAUACUAAGCCUGCUCCUCCACAAUGGGCUACGAGAUGAAGAUGGUGCCAUAAUACCGCCAAGGCGGCCCUGGAAUUUCUGGCACCCCUUUGUGAACGUCUCGAUUACGCCCAACGAAUGCUCCAUCGUCUGCCCGCGUGACGAAGCCGAAGCCCUUUUCGCACCAUUGAUUGGAGACCUCAGCCCGGCGUUACAGAAGAGUGUAUCAAUCAGCGAUGAAGAUUUCUCCGUCAUCACAAUUGGAGGAGAGGGCCUAGAUGCCGGACAAAGGGUUCUUGACUUGACGAGUCCGCUCGCCUUGGCAGGCAUUCCGAUUUUCUUCAUCACCAGCUACUACUCGGACUUCAUUCUAGUUCCUCUCAGCAUGAGGCCGAAAGUCAUUCAUGCUCUGGAAGAACGUGGAUUCGUCUUCGAAGCAGAUAGCGAAGAUGGAGAGGCCGGACACAUGACGAACCCUGCAUCACCGCUUUUGAAUCAGCGAUAUUCUUCAUCAUCUCCGUCCUCCGACGGUGUCGCGUUCGGAUUCAUGCCAGUGGCAACCACUCCGCCUCCCACGACCAUCUCCGAUCUCCAGGCCAAAACAUUCAAGACCCUCGCUCGCAAUAAAAUCUCCCCUCACGUCGACACUUCCAUCGCGCUCGUCACUUGCGCCGGAAUCAAAGACAGCACUCCCAACGCAUCAGAAGCCAACUUCACCGAAGGCAAACUCCAACUCGGAAUCGCAAAAUGCCUGACCUCCUACCCUCGCCCAAAAUUCUUCUCCAUCACCCUCACAGACAACGAAUCCGCUUCCUUGACGAUGGAAAGGCGCUUGCUCUCUCACUUCCCCGACGAAGGCGAAGGUUUACUGUUGGGAACCGAGAGUCCCGAACAAAUCCCCAUCACGUUGGAUUUGAGACAUCUUCCACUCGAGAGCACGGGGAUUGUCUGUGGUGUCUCGAGUCGGUUGACGGAUAGCAUGAAGCGACGGAUUGGAAGGGAGAUGUUUAAUAUGAGUUAUCUGAGCACGUCGAGGGCGGGGCAUGUCAUUGUGUAUGAGGAUGAGUUGGAGGAUGCUAUGGAGGCGCUGCGAGGUGCGCAACAAAAUGGUUGUGCGUGAAUUGAUGAUGAUGAUGAUGAUGGUUAAAAGUCAAAGUUCUCGGCUGGCUUUCAAUGAUAUGAUACGUACGAUACGAUCUUUGUCCGGCUUGAAUCUUUGCAUUCUGGGUUCAAUUCAACAUGGAUCUGGUCGACUUGUGGUCGAAAUGUCAAGGUCAACAGUGAGGGAGUGAGAGAUCGGCUUGGUGAAAUCAGAAUCAUGCAUCCAUCCCUG